AUGAGUGUGAAUAGAAUCAAGGAUUUAGGGUUUCCAUUAAUGAAUCUCGUUAAGCUUAGAGGAACACCGAUUUUGCAGCAAUUGCUUCUAGAAGAAAGGCUUCUUAGAUCUUCCUCUGAUAAUUGGUGUAUCAUUAACGAUGGAACCAAUGUACCCACCAUUGUCAUGGGAAUGUCAGGGAAGCCUUGUGAACUACUUGAGCUUGAACCUGUUAUAAAAGAUCGAAUUUCGGUUAUUAAGAGGUUUAGUGGAGGAGGAACUGUGAUUGUUGACAGGAAUACUCUUUUUGUGAGUUUGAUUUGCAAUAGAGAUGAUGUUCCUAAUGUUCAGCCUUAUCCGCGUUCUGUUAUGGCUUGGAGUGGUUCCUUGUAUAGCGAUGUGUUUAAAGGGAUUAGCGAUUUUCAGCUUCGUGAGAAUGAUUAUGUUUUUGGUGAUCGUAAAUUUGGUGGAAAUGCUCAAUCGAUAACGAGAAAUAGAUGGAUUCAUCAUACGUCGUUUCUGUGGGAUUAUAGCGAGAAUAACAUGGCUUACCUUAAGCUGCCGUCUAGAGUCCCUCAGUACAGGCUGGAAAGAGAUCACACAGAUUUCGUAUGUAAAAUGAAGGAUUAUAUCGAAAGAUCGGUUUUUAUAGAGAAAACCAUAAAGGCGGUGGGAACUCAAUUCAGAUUGAAGGAACUUAACUUGGAUGAUAUCGAUGAUACCGGUAGAGAACAUUUAGAAAGCACUAGACUCCUCACAAUGGAUGAACUCAAAGAAGCAGCGGCAAACACAACUCGAACUCAGAGUAUUGCUCAAGCUGUUUGA